AGCUAGGCUUGGUUGGUGAACAUCCCUCUCUAUGAACGCAGAAAAAAAAUGAUGCAAUAUUAUCAUCCGUGAAAUUGAUGUAAUAUUAUCAUCCGUGAUUUAUACAGUGCAGUACAACGGGAUACUUGAAGUGGGCGGAACCGCGGAAGUAAAUGAAAGCCAUGAGAUUCCCACCCCAAAGAGGAAACAAGAAUCCAACACAACACUCCCGCGCAUAUUAGCCUUCAACCACAUCGUUUAUCUAUCUUGCGCCUCAUCCAUCAAUUCGUCAUGGCUCUUUCCACGGCUCUUCAGCCCAAUCUUCCAUCAAAGUUCUGCUUCGUCAGGCUUGACAGGAUCCAGAAGAGGUUUGCUUUUGUCACACACCAACGGAAAAGGACCUGUGCUGUGUGGAUAAAAUCGGUCUUGCAAGAAGGGAAUCCAGGUUUCAGUGACAGUGAAGCAACUGAACCUUCCAUAACUAUUCUUGAAAGGUUGUAUGACCAGAAACAGAAACUGGAAAAGCAGACAUGUGAAGAUCUUAAUCUUACUCAGGAUCUUCGGUCGGAACUUGGGAACUUGGACUGUGCUCUUCAGGUAGCUUGGGCGGUCUUAAAGAAAAAAGAAAAAGAUCUAAGAGAGGCUGAAACGAAGGUCAUGUUAGAAUGUAAUGAAUUGAACCAAGCAAAAGAGGAGUUGGAUAGGCGAGAGGAGGAAUUAUCAGCUGCUUCUCUCAAGCACAAAACACUGGAGGAGGAACUGAAGCAGUUUAAUACAGACUUGACUAGGCAAGCAACUGAGAUCGAAGAUCUUAAACUGCAAGUUAAGAAAAAGGAUCAGGAUAUCUCUGUGGCUCAGUGUGCAUUGUCCUUGAAAGAAGAAGAAAUUAAUAAAUCGGUGAAUGAAUUAAUAAGGAAGAGCGAGGUUUAUGCAAAUAUAGAAAUUGAACUUAAGUACAGGAAUAAGCUUCUUAAUGCUGCAAACAAUGUUGUAAAAAGGCAAGAACUUGAGGUUCAAGAGCUUCGACAAGGAAUACUAGUGGAGGAGAAAGAAGUUGGAGCUUCGUUGAAUUUGAGAAAAGUGGAAAACGAGAGAUUGGAAGUUGCCGAGGCCAAUCUGGAGAAGCAGACAACAGCGUGGUUAUUAGCACAGGAAGAACUAAAGAAGCUUGCUUAUGAAGCCUCUAAGAACGGAAGAGAAGCAAAUAAAACUGUUGCAGAGUUUAAAAGAGUAAAAAAGCUUCUUGCUAGUGUUAGGUCUGAGUUGUUGUCAACUCAGAAAGGUCUUUCUUCGUCCAGAGAGAAAAGGAAUGAACAACAACAGGUACUAGAGAAACAGCUUAUAGAACUUGAAGAGCAAAGGAGCAACGUGGCUACUUAUAUGACAAGUCUAAAAGAUGCUCAAAUAGAAGUAGAUAGUGAAAGGAUUAUGCUUAGGACUGCAGAAGCUGAGAAUCAUCAGCUUGAAGUAUACCUUCAGCUGAAGAAGGAGCUUAUCAAUGGUUUACAAGUGGAGUUGAAUGAAGAGAAAUCUGCAGUGCAACAUGCAAUAGGAGAGAUGUAUUCUCUUCAGGAGCAUCUAAACAAGAGAGUUUCUGAUCACGAAGCAUCAGUAAAGCUUCUUCAAGUGAAGGAGGAAGAACUGGUAGAAGGUAGACUGAAGAUUCAGCAUUUGAGCUCUGAGAAGCGCUCUCUUCAGCUUAUACUGGAAGAGAAAAAUUUGGAACUGUCUAAUACAAGGAUUAUGUUGGAAGAUGUAAACCAGGAGAUGAAUGAGCUAAGCAGUUUCAUGGAUGGAAGAGAGGACCAACUUCAUCAAGCGACAACCAUACUGAAGGAGACAGAGGAACAUGCUCAAAAAGUCCAACAUGAACUAACUGAUGCAAAGAUAAGAUUAUCUGAAGCAGAAAUUGUUGUUGAACAGAUUGCGGAGCUUACUGAGGAUGAAGAUUAUGAUUCACAGAACCUCUGUUCUGAGAUGGAGCACAAAUUUCAUGAUCUACGGGAGAAACCUAUUGAUGUUUUUAAAUGGAAAAAAGAACAGCUUGAGACUGUACUUGAGAUUACACGGGAAAGUCUUAGAUCAAAAGAAAUGGAAGUUCUUGCUGGUCAGAGGGCUAUUACAAUCAAAGAUGGGGAGCUUGAGAUGGUACUGCAAAGACUAGAUGAAAGAGAGAAGGAACUAAGGAUGGUGAAGAAAGCAUUAGACAGUGAUGUUAACCAUCUUCAGGACCUCUAUACUUUAACACAGGGGAAAUUUGGCGGCGAAAGUGUCGGAGACCUGGCAUUCGAAAAGCUACAGUUGGAGGCAGCACAAUUAGAAGUUGAAGCGGCAACUACCACACUAGGAAAGCUGACUGAAAUGAGUCAACAGCUUAUAAAUCAGGCUCAUUUGAACAUGGAGGUCGAUUACAACAUACAAGCAGUUACCCAUGAACCUGGGAUAAAUGCAAACAAGGAAUCCUUUAGUAAUGUCCAAGCCGAACUUGCACAGUUCUCUGCUUUAACAGAUCAGCUUGUCAAGCAAGCUGGUAUAGUUGAUGAUUUGCUCUAAUGGAUAUGGUUUGGAAAUUAGUGGCUACGUUAUGUAUAGUUAUGUAGCUAAUAGGCUGAUGUAGUGUAUUGUACUACUAAUUCCAGGGUUUAUAGAUGUAUCUUGUAUCAUAAUACAAGAUCUACUGUAUAUGCUGAUUAUACGCAGAUUCUUAUUUUACUUGAAUUCAAGUCAGGAAUCGUCGAGGAAUAGAUAA